CAUCUUCUUCUAUUAUCCUCACCUCAAAAGCUCAAAACACUCGAAGCUCACUGGACAAGUGAAACAAUGAAACCCCUAAAAUUUCUGAACCUUCUCCUUCAUUUUUCGCUAGCCCUAUUCCAUGCGACGGUAGCCCAUGAACCUCCUAGUGGAACCAGCAUCAUCUUUGCCACACUUGGCAGAUUAGAUUAUGACUUUGACAUAUUUACCCUGCCAACCGGGGACCCGCCUACAAAAGCCAACGAACUCCGAAUUACAGAUGGCGAGUCAGUAAACUUCAACGGCCACUUCCCUUCUCCAUCUUCCUCUCUCCUCUCUCUUUUAACCAACAAAACCCUAAUAAACCCCCCUGGCCAACAAAACCCAUCCCCCCUGAACCUCAUCUACGUCACAGAACGCGGUGGAUCGUCAAAUAUCUUCUACGAUGCGGUUUAUGUCGAUACUCGGCGAAGCGCCCGAUCAAGGUUAGCCCUUGAAAUUCCUAAUCGUGUACAAGUUCCUUUAUUGGAUGGAAAAGGUGGAAUUUCGAUGAAGGAUAAGCCCACCGUGAGCGGAGAUUAUUUAGUAUACGUGUCAACACAUGAAAAUCCAGGCGAGCCAAGGACGAGUUGGGCUGCAGUGUACGCAACCGAGUUAACAACCGGGUUGACUCGGCGACUCACACCACAUGGAAUUGCCGAUUUUAGCCCUGCAGUCUCUCCUUCUGGCGUUUACACAGCUGUCGCUUCUUAUGGAGAGAGAGGAUGGAGCGGUGAAGCUGAGGAACUCAGCACAGACAUCUAUAUAUUCUUGACUCGUGAUGGGACUAAUCGAGUUAAGGUGGUCGAACAUGGAGGUUGGCCGAGCUGGGUUGACGAGUCCACCUUGUACUUCCACAGAAGAAGCGUAGAAGAUAACUGGAUAAGUGUUUAUAAGGCGACUUUACCGAAUCAUGGACCGAUCUCGAUUGAGUCAGUGAUCGUCGAGCGAGUUACACCACCUGGUCUUCACGCGUUCACCCCAGCUACUUCUCCAGGUAACAAGAAGUUUAUAGCAGUAGCCACGAGAAGACCUAACUCGGAUUAUCGCCAUGUAGAGCUAUUUGACUUGGUUAAGAACGAGUUUAUCCAGUUGACUCGGUUAGUAUCUCCCCAAACUCACCAUUUGAACCCGUUUAUCUCACCCGACUCAGCCCGAGUUGGUUACCACAGAUGUAGAGGUGCUACCAGUGAUAAAAAGAGCACCCACUUGUUACUGGAGAAUGUCAAGAGCCCUGUACCUGACAUUUCGCUUUUCAGAAUUGACGGGUCGUUUCCUUCGUUCUCACCCGGGGGUGACCGUAUUGCUUACGUUGAUUUUCCGGGUUUGUAUGUUGUGGACCGGGACGGUUCGAACCGGAGACAGGUUUUUACUGGGAUGGCAUUCUCGACCGCUUGGAACCCGGCUCGUAAAGGUGUUGUCUACACAAGUGCUGGACCCACUUUUGCCAGUGAGAGUACCGAGGUAGAUAUAAUCUCCAUUAAUGUUGAUGAUGAUUUGGGGCAAAUUAAUAGUUUUAAAAAGUUGACCUCUAAUGGUGAAAACAAUGCAUUUCCUGCUGUUUCACCCGAUGGGAAAUGGGUCGUGUUUCGGUCCGGUCGGUCCGGUCAUAAGAACUUAUAUAUAAUGGAUGCUUCGGAAGGGGAGGACGGUGGGCUCUAUAGGUUGACAGAGGGUCCAUGGAGCGACACCAUGUGUAAUUGGUCACCAGAUGGCGAAUGGAUUGCUUUUGCAUCCGACCGGGAGAACCCAGGUUCAGGAAGUUUUGAGUUGUUUUUGAUCCAUCCGAAUGGAACUGGUUUGAGGAAGUUGGUUCAAAGCGGGUUGGCUGGGCGGGCUAACCACCCUAAUUUUAGCCCCGACGGAAAUAGUAUUGUGUUUACCUCAGAUUAUGGGGGCAUAUCAGCUGAGCCAAUCUCAAACCCCCAUCAUUAUCAGCCUUAUGGAGAGAUCUUCACGGUUAAAUUGGAUGGCUCUGAUUUGAAGAGGUUGACACAUAAUUCGUACGAGGAUGGAACCCCUGCAUGGGGGCCUACAUAUAUCAAGCCUGAGGAUGUGGAGUGGCCAGGUCACGGACCACAGUGCUCCUUUGAGGAGUGCCACUGGCUCAAUAAAAUGCCAGUUCUUGGUGAUUGGGCUGCACCGUGGGACUCAACCAAGCCUCAAUGUAGCAGUGCUAACCCAUAAGCCCUGGUUCAUUCUGUCCGAUGAACGUAAAAGAGAUGCUCGCUGUAGUGAAAUGCUGCUCUGUGAAAAUUGUCUUUGCUAUCUUGUUUUUAUCCCAUGUAUAUUAUAUUUAUGUGUGUUUAUAUUUCAUGGCCAAGUAUGUAAUGCUUCUGCU